AUGUCGUCCGGCGGCGCGCGGCGGUUGCUCCGCGCGGGGGCGCGCGCGGCGUGCAACGCGCGCGCGCCGAGGUCGAUCGAGCGAUGGCGCGCCGCGAGCGGCGCGCGCGCGUGGGGUCUCGAGACGUCGCGCGGCGCGGACGAAUGGGAAGACGCGAGAUUGCGCUUCGGAGGGCGGUGGAAGCGAUCGAUCGGAGCGAGCGAGCGGCACCGUCGGUGGACGUCGUCGUCGUCGUCGACGACGACGACGACGACGCCCGGCGAGGACGGCGCCGACGCCGCGGUCGAUAAGCCGACCGCGGGGGGGUACGAGUACGUCAACGCGCGCGGGAAGAUGCAGCCGACGAGCGAGACGAGGCCGUCGCCGUCGCCCUCUUCGGACGCCGCCGCGGAGAAGGACGCCGCCGCGACGACGACGACGACGACGGCCAGGGAGGCGCCGGCCGACGCCGCGGAGAACGCGUACAGGGAGAUCCUCGGCAUCACGAGCCUGUUCACCGGACCGAACUCCGCGUGGUCGGUCGCGUUCAAGAGACGCCCGGGGUUCGAGCCGAGCGCGCUGGCGAGGCGAGAGGCGAAUCAGUACAGGCGCGUCAUCACGCCGCGCGUCCUCCGUCCAUCGCCGCCGCUCGCGUGCAAGUACUUGGACGGCCCCGCGUGGAGCUGCGGCCCGUGCCCCGCGGCGAGAGAGCGACCCGAAACGACGGAAGUCCCCGCCGACGGCGAAUUUCGCCGCGCCGGCGACGUUACGUCGUGCAACUAUGCGCGGCGCGCGACCGAGAGCGCGUGCGUGAGUAACCAGAUCAUCUUCUUCAGAUUUUUCUACUCCACGACGUGGGUCGCGAGCUGGAUAAUCCUGACGCAGUACGUCGUGUCGCCCCUGUUGGGUCCGUUGCUGCCCCUCGUCUCGGGAACGCCGUGGAUCAGAUUUUGGAUUUGUUUCUUCGCGGCGUACAAGUUGAACAAGCAUCACGCGCUGCAGAUGCCGAGGCUGAUGUUCGCGAUGCACGCGACGAGGCAGACGGGAUGGCUCGUCGGCGAGCUCGUGGGCAAUUUCAGACGCAGGCGGCGGUGGUUAUGA